AUGAGAAAACGAAAAUAUGGAAGCCGGUCUACCCCCACGGAGAACGAAGCAAAUGAGAAUCCCCUAGACGAACAAGAAAAAAAAUACAUUUACCCAAGCAUUGCCAACUCGCCAAUACUGUUACACAACGACCAGGUCAUCUACGCUUAUGGUAGCAGUCUAAUAUUUUAUUCCCUCAAGGAAAAAAAAUUUGUGAAAAAAAUCGAUGAGCAUCAAAGUGUUAUUAGAUCAUUAGAUGUUAAUAAAAAUGGAAAUAAAAAAUAUUUCUUGACAACUGGUGACGAUAAAAUUAUAGUGAUUUAUGAUGAGCAAUGGUCCGUGUGGCACAAAAUUGUGCAUAAGAAAAAAAUCGUCAAGGCGUUCUUUUUAAAAUAUGUACAGGAAGAGGAUAAGAAGUUUGAAAUAAUUUUUAUUGACAAGUAUGGGGAUGUGUACUUGUUUGACCUCAAUUUGGUGGCGCACGGGUCCUUCGCCAUGGGGGAAGUCUCAACGGUUGGAAAGACUCCAACAGGGGAGGAUGUUCCAACGGAGAGCCACUCCAGUUGCAUCACAAAAUUGAGCUACCUGCAGGAUUCGCUGAACGACAUUCAGGAAAAGGACGAGGAUUUGAUUUUCAUGAAUAAUUUCGAGCGCAUGCUUCAGGGGGAAGAGCAUGAAGAAGGCGAAGAAGAAGAUGAUAAAGCAGAAGGGGGGUACACAGAAGGUGACGAAGGGCAGUCCGGAAAAUCACUACCUCGUGAGACGUUCCCUCGUGAGACGUUCCCUCGUGAGACGUUCCCUUUAGAGACACGCCCUCGCGAGGAAGGAAAGCUCGCCCAGGUGAAGGAAAAAUUGGAGCGUCACUACUCCAAGUGCUUCCAAAACGAAAUGUUGAUGUACCCAAUCCUCACAUGCAACUCUGCAGUCGUAGCGCUACAUUACGACAGCAACUUUUUAAUAAUAGGAGAUCGAGAUGAAAAAAUCAGAGUUGUGAAAAAUAAGAAAAUAAACAAGAUAUACAACUUUUAUUUAAAUCACAAAUUAUUUAUUACGUCCAUCGUUCUGAUAAAUUCUAAGAUGUUCUGUUCUGCCGCCGCGGAUUGCUACCUCCACAUGUGGGACAUUAAGACCAAGGAAGUUAUCGACACGAUAUGUUUUGACGCCCCCUUUGUGUGUAAACUGGCACAGUUGAAGGAGCCUUUUAGUAAUUCUCCCCAUUUGAAAAAAUAUAAAUUUGUUAUCAACACGUUGAUUUUUAAGGAAAGCACUUGGACAAUCUACGCCACUGCAGAAAAUUUGAAAGGAAUCUUAAUCAUCCCCUUAACGCAUGAUGCAGAUGGAAAUCAUUUGUUAACUUUUAACAAGGAAGAAAUUUCAUUUUUUCCGCUUCAGCAGGAGGUUUUAUCUUUUAUCUUUUUAUCAGUUGAUGGAGAUGAGUGUAUACUUUUUGUCGAUAGGAGUGCGGGCCAUUUGCAUCAGAUUAAAUUAACAGAUCGUGGGAAGUUGGUUGGAGAAGUUGUCACCCUUGACUGCCAUACCUUCUUUGAUGGCGCACAACCAAUGGAUAUCGGAUUAAUAAAUUACUGGAAGCACACCACAAUAGAGGAUGGUAUCCAUUAG